AAAGAGGAUGGAGAAAUUGAAACACAGGGUGAAUCUGAUGAUGACUCUAUGCCACCAUUGGAAGAUGCUGAUGAUGGCAUGGAAUAUGCUAUUGAUGGAGAACUGCUUGUCACCAGGCGUACUUUGAAUGUGCAAGCCAAAGAAGAUGAUGAAGUACAACGCGACAACAUAUUUCACACGAGGUGCCAUAUCAAAAAUAAGGUAUGUAGUGUGAUUAUUGAUGGUGGCAGUUGUACUAAUGUAGCUAGCACUGUUUUGGUUGAAAAGCUUAAUUUACUUAUGAUGAAGCAUCCAAGGCCAUAUAAGCUACAAUGGUUAAAUGAUUGUGGAGGAAUCAAGGUAAAUAAGCAAGUUCUGGUUUCAUUCUCUAUCGGACGAUAUAAGGAUGAGGUACUGUGCGACGUGGUUCCCAUGCAUGCUGGACAUUUACUUUUGGGGAGGCCAUGGCAAUAUGAUAGGAGAGUAACACAUGAUGGCUUCAAAAAUCGCUAUUCAUUCAUCAUGGAAGGGAAAACAAUUACUCUUGCACCAUUGAGUCCAAGGCAAGUUUAUGAGGAUCAACUGAGAGUAAAAAAAGAGAGUGAGCUGAGAAAUGAGAGUGAGCUUGAGGGUACGAAAAAUAAAGAGAAAACAACAGAAAAAGAGUCCAAAAAGAGAGAAAAGAUUGAGAGUGUUGAAAACAAAGAGAGAAAAUCAGUGAGUGUUUAUGCAAAAGAAAGUGAUGUUAAGGCUGCGUUCUUUGCAAACCAGCCAAUGUUUGUGCUUCUGUAUAAAGAUGCUUAUUUCAACACUAACGAACUUAAUGAUUGUUUGCCUAGUGUUGUUAAAUCUCUUUUGCAGGACUUCAAGGAUGUGUUUCCAGAUGAUGUUCCUAAUGGUUUACCACCAGUAAAAGGAAUCGAGCAUCAAAUGGACUUCAUUCCUGGUGCAACAAUUCCAAACCGACCAGCAUAUCGAAGCAAUCCCAAUGAGACAAAAGAACUUCAAAGGCAGGUCGAAUAACUCAUGAAAAAGGGACAUGUGAGAGAAAGCAUGAGUCCAUGUGCAGUACCAGUGCUACUUAUGCCUAAGAAGGAUGGGACUUGGCGUAUGUGUGUUGCUUGUCGUGCUGUCAACAAAAUCACUGUAAAGUA